GGCGGGGCCUGUACAGGUUCAGGAAAUGGCGGCGACCACGGAGCCACUGCCCGCCCGCCGUCAUCAUGCCGUCCCUGUUGCUCCAGCUGCCCCUGCGCCUAUGCCGGUUGUGGCCCCGCACCCCUCCCACCCGGCUUCUCACAGCCGCCACAGGGCAGCGGUCCCCUCCUACUAAUUACUAUGAACUGUUGGGGGUGCAUCCUGGUGCCAGUGCGGAAGAGGUUAAACGUGCUUUCUUCACCAAGUCAAAAGAGCUGCACCCUGACCGAGACCCUGGGAACCCAGCCCUGCAUAGCCGCUUUGUGGAACUGAGUGAGGCGUAUCGCGUGCUCAGCCGCGAAGACAGUCGUCGCAACUAUGACCACCAGCUACAUUCAGCCAGUCCCCCAAGGUCUUCAGGGACCACGGCCCAGCCUAGGUACAGCCAAGAGACGCACAGCAGCUCCUGGGAACCCCCCAACGCACAAUACUGGGCCCAGUUUCACACUGUGAGGCCACAGGGGCCUGAGUCAAGGCAGCAGCAGCAAAAGCACAACCAGCGGGUCCUGGGGUACUGCGUCCUGCUCAUGGUGGCCGGCAUGGCCCUGCACUAUGUCGCCUUCAGGAAGCUGGAGCAAGUGCACCGGAGCUUCAUGGAUGAAAAGGAUCGGAUCAUCACAGCCAUCUACAAUGACACUCGGGCCAGGGCCAGGGCCAACAGAGACAGGAUUCAGCAGGAGCGCCAGCGAAGGCAGCAGCCUAGGCCAGAACCCUCCCUGCCUCCAGAAGGCCCCAGGAUCGUGCCCCAGAACACUAGCUCUUGAGAGGCUCGCCUAGGUGAGACCUGCAUUGGUCCUCUCCUUGCUGCCGGUCCAGGACUACACAUUUCCCUCCAUAUGUGCAAUAAACUCAUUUUCAGACUCCUGUCGGAUUCGGUCCUUCAAAUCACACAU